UGAAUGUUUUUCUAAAGUAGUUAAAGAUUAUUUUUCUUCCAUUUGUGGCCUAUGUUAAAUUAUUUUAGGGCUUAUGUUGGCAUCAGUGUGUGCAGGAAAGUGUUGACUGCAAAAGUGAAUUUCAAAUUUUUUUUAUCAGUUGAAUCCAAAGAACCAUGAGUUUAUAUUGACUACAGUCCAACAAUUCAAAUUGCCUGCUUUGGCUAAUCCAGAUAUUUAUGAAAAUUCAGCAAACACUCAUGUUUGAUUUAAAAAAACUUUAUUUGUCUCUAAAAAGAAAAAUAAUAUCUGCAACAAAAAGGAGUUUUCUAUAGAUUUCUCUUCAACCAUAGCAUUUCUGCUUUCUAUGGUUAAGCAAGUGAUUUCCUUAUGCCAAAGUGCAGUGCUAAAGCAAUUAAAAUGUUGAGGAUGUAAGAUGAAUCCUUUGAGGCUGAAUUUUUCUGUAGAGGGAUGCAGCCUGGCAUUUGGUUAAACUUGUUCAAUAAAGGAUAGUACAUCUGCCCAAUCUCUUCCUGUAUGGUUGAGUGUGUGGGAGACAUUUUGCGUACUCAUGCCAUAACCCCACCACUAAGCUGCAUCACAUGAGAGUAUCUGCCUUCCUAUGCAAGUCCAACUGCAACCUGUCCACUGCCCUUCACAGGGAUAAAAAUCAUCACCAAAUCCCCAUUCAGCUCACCAGUCACUGGAUGAUUAAACAGUUGCUUUCUAGACAGUACCUGUUGGGCAUUUCGUUUAUAGGACUGGGUGAAACGACUUUGUUCACCAUCUGCACAGGAAACUUCAUGGUCUUUUCUAUGAAAAACAAACCAGCUUGCAAAAUAGAAUGGCCAUAAUUAUGCACCCUUCAUCCCCUACAAGGCCAGUUACACAGGUUUUUACACAAAGCUGAAUGCUUUUCAGCUAAAGCUGAAUUCCUAGUCCUCUCAGCAUCAAUAAAAUCUAUCUUAGUAGCAUAUAGUUUCAUGGCAUUUUGCAAGCCUUGUUUUAAAUUUUUAAAAUUCUGCUUACAGCUUAAAAGAGUGCAAACAUAACUACUUCACAUACACAACUUUGAAGGGUCACUCUUUAGCUGUGAGUUGAUGUGAAAGGCAUGGUUCACCAUGCUUUUAGCACAUCACAUAGAAAGCAAAACCCAUUACUCUGUCCAUAUUUUAAAAUCCCUGAUAAACUUGGAACCAGCUUCAGCAGGGUGAACGAUGGAUCUUCCUCAACCCUGCAACCCUCUGUUCCAAUUGGUCACACUAACCACAUGAUUAUAAAACUUCCCAAUAAACAACACAAACCACAGGACUGACUGACACAUUAGUCACUUGUUUCUGCUCAAAUCAAUUGCAACAUUUAGGCCUUACUGAACUAAAGAGUCAAUCACAAGCAACUUCAAAAGCCUAAAUCUUAAAGCUUAAUGUCUCAACUCAAUCCAGAACUUUACCUAGAUAAAUGUGCACUUGGUGUGCCCCUGGUCUGUUUGUCCCAUAUUUAUUAACCAAGGGAGACUUGGGCAUGUUUCCCUUACAAAUGCUUGGUACUGUUCAAGCAUGGGAACAAUUGAAAGAACUGCUACAGCUAGAGAAGAACUAGAAGUUAAGGAAAAGAAUCUGAAUAAAAGUGGUGAUGCUUCACAUUCAAAAUUUCCAGCCAAACUGAGACUUCCAGAAUACAGGAGAAAAGUUCUGCGAACUCUCUGGCUUGCAGGUGCUUGCUGGGCUAUGGGCUUGAGUACUGGCAUAAGAGGCCCUUCCUUCCUUGACAUACAAAUCAUCACACAGACAACUCUGGAAUCUGCAUCAGCAUUUUUGACUGCAUCCUAUGUGGGAAACUUGUUGGGUGCAGUGUUUGCUGGUGUGAUAUAUGACAAGCUGAAUAAGUCAUGUCUGUUGAUUAUGAUCGUGAUUGGGCUUUCCUUGACCAACAUAGCACUGCCUUGGUGCUCACCAUAUGGCCUCAUGGUGACCAUACACAUUCUUUGUACUCUUUUCAGUGGUGCAAUUGACACAGCCUGCAAUGCGGAACUGCUGAGAAUUUGGGGUCAAGAAGGGAGGAAGUCCAUGCAGUUCAUGCACUUUUCCUUUGCUUUUGGCGGAGUCCUUGCACCACUCAUCACUGAACCUUUUCUGACAAGCAAUCCAGAAACCGAUGAUGCUACCAACAGAUCUGAAGCAACAGCACAGAAUAUCACCUUAGCUGGGAAACACUUCUAGUCAGGUAUUGCCACUGACAACUCAAGUCCACUAU